AUGCUAUAUCACGUUCCAACGGCUAGCUAUUAUUUCGGAGCCGAUCCAGCCAAAGCACAGGCUCCUCUCAUGUAUCCGGUCAACAAUAUCGCGGCGGUGGUGUUGGUCCUUAUGCUGAACAUGUUGAUGUUGAGAGCGAUGUUUCGAAUCAGUCAUACGACACUCACAAACACACAGCGAGUGCACAACGGCUAUGUUCUCUGGAUGGCUGUACGUGGUGAUGCAAUGGGUCGUGAUGCCCCAAUUUAUGUCACCGCCGCCAAUUUACUUUGGCAGCUAGCGAAUGGAAGCUUGGCGAUUUUCUACAUUCUUGUGAACAAGUCGAUGCGCGGCGAGGUCAUGAAAUUGUUGGGGGUCUCUUCUUGUCGAAGACCGACCAUUUACACCACAUCAUCCGAUCAAAAAGCACCCACCCUGCAGUCGAAUCCUGAUAUGGGUUCCGCU